AUGAAAUACCGCACCCUUCCCCGUACCGAACUUGAGCUUUCCGAGGUUGGCUUCGGCGUCUGGACCGUGGCCACUACCUGGUGGGGCAAAAUCCCCGAGGAGCAGCGUGCUGCGCUGUUGGAGAACGCCCUUGAACUGGGCGUCAACUUCUUCGACACUGCCGACACCUAUGGCGAGGGCUAUGGCGAAGAGAUCCUGGCCAAGGUGCUGGGCCACCGACGCCACGAAUUAGUCAUCGCCACCAAGUUUGGCUACGAUUUCUACGACAAGCUGACCCCGCGCGUCGGCCACCAGGAGCGCCCCCAGAAGUUUGACCCGGAAUUUGUCCGCUUCGCCUGUGAGCAAAGCUUGCGCCGCCUCAACUCCGACUACAUCGACAUCUACCAGAUACACAACCCGCGCAUUGACGCCCUGGAGAGGGAUGAACUCUUCGAGACCCUGGAAGAGUUGAAGACCGAGGGCAAGAUCCGCUACUACGGCGUUGCUCUGGGCCCGGACAUCGGCUGGUACGAAGAGGGCGAGGCUUCCAUGAAGGAGCGGGAUGUCCACAGCCUGCAGAUCAUCUACAGCAUCCUGGAGCAGGACCCCGCCAAGGACUUCUUCCCCGUUGCCAAGGACUGCGAGGUAGGGUUGCUGUCCCGGGUGCCCCACGCUUCCGAGGCCCUGACCGGCCGCUACACCGAGGUACCCGAGUUCGACGAGAGCGACCACCGUUCCCACCGUCGCAUGGAGUGGCUGCGGGAGGCCUUGCAAAAGGUCGAGCAGGUGAAGUUCCUGGCCGGCGAGGAGACGGGCCGCACCCUGGCCCAGGCCGCCAUCAAGUUCGCCCUGUACCAGCCCGCCAUAGUGUCGGUGCUGCCCAACUUCACCAACCUGGAAGAGUUGCAGCACUACACCGACGCGGUCGAUGUGCCGGAUAUCACUGAUAGUGAGCAGGCGCUGCUGGACGAACUGUGGGAGUACAACUUCGACCUGGAAGAGGUGCCCGUUAACCUGACAGAGGUUUAA